AUGAAAAAAACUACGACCAUUGAUGCUUUACCAGCAUCAAUUGAAGAAGAGAAAUGUUCACCAGUCAGUGAUACUGCUGUUGAAGAAGAAAAAGUUGAUGCUUUAUCUGCAUCAAUUGAAGAAAACAAAUGUUCACCAGUUGGUGGAAACGAUGCUAGGACUAUGAAUGUUGAGAAUAUUGAUGCUUUAUCUGCAUCAAUUGAAGAAAACAAAUGUUCACCAGUUGGUGGAAACGAUGCUAGAACUAUGAAUGUUGAGAAUAUUGAUGCUUUAUCUGCAUCAAACAUAGAAAACGAAUGCUCACCAGUUAAUGGACCCGUUGCUUAUUUGGAUCAUCCUGAACCCGCUGCUAAUUUGGAUGAACCUGCUGAAAACGCCACCAAACCCGCCGCUGAUAACGCCAAACCCGCCGCUGAUAACGCCAAACCCGCCGAACCCGCCGAACCCGCCGAACCCUCUGAAUAUGCUGAAUACGCUGAAUAUGCCGAACCCACUGCAUAUGCUGAACCCGCUGAGUACGCUGAGUAUGCCGAACCCACCGCAUUGGCUGCAUUUGCUCAACCCACUACAUUUGCUGAAUCCGCUAUCCAACCUCAACCUAGACCUGCUGAGACAAACAUUGCCAAUCUGGACAAUUACGAGGCUUAUGAGCCACGUGAACUUCAAACAUCGUCCAGUUGCUAUUCCGAUGGUCAGUCUUCCUCGCAUAGCUUGGAAGACAGAAUUCUCCGCAGGUUGAGAGAAUCCAUGCUGCCUUUUGCUAUAGAGGUUGAGGAAGAAGAAGGAAAUGCGGACUUGCUAAGCAUUUGCAGCAACAACAGCGACGAGCCCCAGCACCAGUAUUCAGCAUUGGGACGUGAAACGCCAAAGCUAGUUAUUCCCAAGAAGAGGGGUGCACCUACAUGCAAAGCUGAUAAACAUGGAGCCGCUAUUUCCAAAUCACCCAAAGAACCAGAGGCUGUCAAACCAAAUGAGAUUGUUCCCCCUAUUGCUACCGCCGUUGAAACAACGAGACACAAGGAACCGGAGGCCGAAAAACCAAACAAUGUUGAUUCCUCCGAAGCUAACCGAAAAAUGGAACGUGCUCCCUCCGUUGAUUCAGCUGUUGACGAUAAGAAAACCAAAAAGUCAAUAGCUAGGAGAAUAGUUGAGCUUGUUCAAUCCCUUGUUGCUUGUUUUCGUGCUAAGCCAAAAGCUGACCCAACUCCCCCCAUCAUCGCUCCAGUUAGGAUACGAACCCCUAUGACAUAUGCAAGGGUUGCUGCUAAUUAUGGGGUGUGGCCAGAUCAUCUGCGCGUCUUUGUUUUGGGAGCAUAA